AUGCUUGACCGAACCCCGCAGGCAAAACGCGCGUAUACUGGCAACAGAGCCGACGGCGAUUCAACGAACAUCUACGGCAACGUCUAUGGAGACGUGCACUUUCCCAGCAGGCCCCGCGGGCUAGCAACCAGCCAGUGCCUCCGCGACCUGAGAAUCACGGACCCACGCGAAGACAGAACACGGAUUGAACAGGACAAGGACAGGCUGCUCAAACAAUGCUAUGCCUGGAUUCUGGACGACCCAGGGUUCCAGCACUGGAAGACACAUGUAGACGCGCGACUGCUGUGGAUUAAGGGCGACCCGGGCAAAGGCAAUACGAUGAUGAUGAUGGGUCUGAUCGCCGAACUGUCUCAGGGAGAUGUGGCUGGACUGUCAUAG